GAGCUUGCGUUACAAUUGCGGCGGUUACAAAGUGAAGUUGUGGGGUGACUCUAUAUGGAGUUGGGACCUUUGGGGUUUUGGGAAAUUUGUCACUCACUGUAACAGCUGCAAAUUGGUUGGGAACAACCAAGCUAGGUUGGCAAGGGUGGCCAACUUGGAUGGAUUGGUUGGGAAGGGACAAAUGUCAAAGUUGGGGUUCCUAUAGGGAGGGAAUCUUUGUGCUUAUGGGGUUUCCUUGAUUUGCUUGAUGAGGUAAAACCCCCUGGGAAGAUCAAGUAUGUGGCAGCAGCGUCAGGUGCUUUGCUCCCUGUCAUUGGUGUUGGGAAUGCCAAGGUUAAGGGAGCUAAUGGGGAGCUUGUGGGGCUUGGGAAUAAGAGCAAGGCCGAAGUGACCUUUGGACCAACCAGCUGCCGUGCUAAGCUUGGGAAGAAGGUGCUGUGGAGUCUGGAAGAGGAGACCAGCUGCAUCAAGGACCUGUGGCAGCUGCCCAUCAUCCCUUGGAAUGGGAAGACUCCAACAGCAGCAACGGCAGCAGCGGCAAAGGCAACAGCAGGAGGAGAUGCAACUGCACCAACUGAUGGGGUCCUGGAAGCAGUCAAGAAAGUGCAGCAGCAGCAGACACAUAGUGAGGUGCUUGCUGAUGUGGAUGCGAGUGCGGCAUGGGCUAAGGCUUCAUCAAGGAGUGGUGAGGCCGAUUGGGAGACAUGGCAUGAGAGGCUGUGUCAUGUGAACUUCCCUAUGCUGCAGAAGUUGGUGAAGGAUGGGAGCCUGAAGGGCUUGGAGGUGAAAGGGGGAGUGAAGGAGAUUGGGAGCUGCCCUACAUGCUUGGAGACCAAGUUCUCCAAGUUCCCCUUCAACAGCACUACAGGACCAGCCAAGACCCCACUUGCACUUGUGCACAUGGAUGUGGUGGGGCCCACAAGAGCCCCUUCCCUCUCAGGCAGCCGCUAUUUCUUGACAAUUGUGGAUGACCACACUCGGGCAGUGUGGGUUUACCCUUUGAACAGCAAGGGGGAGGUGGCAGCGGCUGUCCUUAAGGAGUGGAUGCCUAGAGCUCAGAGGGAAUGCGGACACAAGGUGAAGGUGAUCCGCAGUGACAAUGGUGGGGAGUUCAUUGGAGCUGAUUUUGAGGGGGAGUUGAAGAGGAAGGGGAUCCAGCAUCAACUGACAGUGCCCUACAAUCCGCAGCAGAAUGGCGUGGCUGAGAGGUUCAACAGGACCCUGCAGGAGGGGGCACGCACUCUCCUUGGGCGUGCAGGGCUGCCUGAUCCGUUUUGGGUGUCUGCACUGAGGCAGGUCGCCCUUGUGAAGAACAGGGUGCUGGCUACAGUUGGAGAUAAGGAGUGGAUCCCAUAUGUCAAGUGGUAUGGGAGUGCUCCAGCUGUGAACAUGCUGAGGGCAUUUGGGUGCAUGGUGGUGUUUCAUGUGCCUAAGGAGAAAAGGGGGAAGUUGGAGGCUUCUGGAAGAUGGGGUGUGCACUUGGGGAUUGCAAAGGAUCACAAGGGGUGGCUGCUAUGGGACUUGACCACCCAGAAGCUGACAGUGUCAAGGGAUGUGAAGUUUCUUGAGUCCCUGUACUACAAGGAAUGGAAGCAGCAGCAACAGAAGCUUCCAUCUACACCACUCAUUGUGGAGGCAGAUGAGGUGCAGCGGCCUUCAAGGCAGGUGGAGGUUGCAGUGUCUGAGGAGGAGAUGUCUGGGGUGACUGAAGAAGGGGGAGCAGCUGAAGUGGAGCAGCAACAGCAACAUGAGUCUCCAUCUCGAGUUCCACACCCGCCUGAGCGACCUAGGAGGGAUGUGCGCCCUCCGGUGAGGCUGACCUAUGGGGGAAGAGGCAAGCCGAAUGUGGUGCAGGCUGGGAGUGUGGUUGAGCAGAUUGAGGAAGAUGAGAUCGCUCACUGCUACUGGGCACCAAUCCCUGAGCCCAAGACUCGAGAAGAGGCCUUGAAUGGACCAAAUGGGGAGAAGUGGAAGGCGAGUGAGGAUGAGGAGUUUGGGUCCCUGAUUGAGAACGAGACAUGGGACCUGUGUGACUUGCCUCCUGGAAAGAAGGCAAUCACUUCCAAGAUGAUCUACAGGCACAAGUAUGGACCUGAAGGGGAGCUGACCCGCUACAAGUCCAGGCUUGUGGCAAGGGGGUUUCAGCAGACAAAAGGGAAGGACUAUGAUGAGGUGUUUGCUCCUGUGGGGAAAGGAACAACACUGAGGGUGCUGUUAGCGAUAGCUGCACUCCUGGGAUGGAAGAUACGGCAGAUGGACAUUGUGACUGCUUUUCUGAAUGGGAUCAUUAUGGAGGAGGUGUACAUGAAGCAGCCAGAGGGGCUGGAUGAUGGGAGCGGCAGGGUCUGCAGGCUGAAGAAGGCAAUCUAUGGCCUUAAGCAGGCGCCUCGUGCAUGGUAUCACAAGUUGGAGGAGGCGCUGGUGGCUGGGGGUUUCAAGAAGAGUGAGUGUGACCCCAGCCUGUUCCUGCUGCAGGAGAAGGACGAAAUCCUCAUGCUCUUGGUGUAUGUGGAUGAUAUCCUUCUCUUUUCUGCAUCAACUGUUUUGCUGGACAGCGCAGAGCAGAUGCUGGAGAUGCAGUUCAAGUGCUCCAAGAUGGGUGAGGUGAAGUACUACUUGGGGAUGCAUGUGGAGAGAGAUGUGGAAAAGGGUGUGCUGAGGUUGCACCAGAGGAAGUACUGUGAGGGGCUGGCUGAGAAGUAUGGGCUGCAAGAUGGGGGAAAGCCAGCAACACCACUACCUUCGGGGUUCACUGUGGAGCCAUGUGCUGAUGAGGAGGUAGUGGGUGAUAGUGACAGGAAGCUGUUUCAUUCGAUGGUUGGGUCGCUGAAUUAUGCUGCAAAUCAUACACGGCCUGACAUUGCAUUUUCUACAUCACGGUUGGCUAGUGUGGUCUCACGCCCUAGUCAUGAGCAGCUGGAAGCGGCCAAGAGGUUGGUCCGCUAUGUGAGUGCUACGGCAUCAGUGGGAUUGGAGUACAGUGGAGUGAGGCAGCGGUUGCAGAGAGGUGCUGCAGAUGUGAAGAGUGGAGAGAUGCUCUUGAGUUGCUAUACUGACGCUAGCUUCAACUCAGUGAAAGCGGAUGGCACCAGCAUUGGGGGUUAUGUGUGCUUGCUAGGAGGUGGUGCUGUGAGCUGGCGCAGCAAGAAGCAGAAUGAGGUGGGAUUGUCCUCAUGUGAGACUGAGUACAUGGCCUUACACCAUGGGGCCAAGGAAGUAGUGUGGCUAAGGCGUUUGUUGGAGGAGUUGGGAGUUGGUCAGAAGGAGCUGACGGUGAUCUUCUGUGACAAUGAGUCCGCUGUGAAGCUCGCCAAGAAUGCUUGUCUGCAUGGGCUGACAAAACACAUAAGGCCUAAGUGGCAUUGGGUGAGGAGACUCCUUGAUAAGGAGGUGCGGCUGGAGAUAGUGAAGACCCAUCAGCAGGCAGCAGAUAUUUUCACUAAGCGUCUGGCGGAGGCGGAUCAUUGGAAGGGCAUGAAGCUUGCUGGGAUGAGUGUGCAUUGAGUAUGCAUGCUUGAGAUGUGGUAUGGUGGAUGAUGGUUGGCAGCCAGAGGGGGAGAUUGUUGUGUGAUGUCAUCAUAUGCUAUCACAUUCUGUCUGCCUCCCAUCCCAUGUUUUCAACUUGCAUGUGUGGUUUGAAUGUGCAAGCAUUUGUGUGUGGUGUGUUCUGGAGUUUGGGAAUGUGUUCUGUGUUAUUUUUGUUUAAGCAGGUAUUUGUGAUGAUAGAUCUUGAGAAGAUCUUUCCGACGCAACGAGAAUCCCUUCAAUCGGAGCAAGAACGCGAAAGCUAUGAAGAUUCAAAGUUCAUGAGCUUGCGUUACAAUUGCGGCGGUUACUAAGUGAAGUUGUGGGGUGACUUUAUAUGGAGUUGGGACCUUUGGGGUUGGGGAAACUUGUCACUCUACUGUAACAGCUGCAAAUAGGUUGGGAACAACCAAGCUAGGUUGGCAAGGGUGGCCAACUUGGAUGGAUUGGUUGGGAAGGGACAAAGGUCAAAGUUGAGGUUCUUAUAGGGAGGGAAUCUUUGUGCUUAUGGGGUUUCCUUGGUUGGGGACUCUCUUGGGACCUUCCCUCUCAUCCCUCUCUUCUAUCCCAACCUUUCUCUUGCUCCUUUAAUUCCUUGUGAGAUUCUUGAACCUUGAUUGAACCUUUUGAGAUUGAGUUAAGUUCUCCUCCUACAGCUUACCCCCUAGUGCGUCGAAAGCCAUAGCGUCGCGAAUACUUUAUCAAUCAACGUGAUUCAAAUUGGGAACGGUAGCUGAGAUUAAGAGC